AUGGCUAACCGAAGCCAAAGGGAUGACAACAGUCAGGCAGUUUACCUUCCCAAGGCUGGCAAUGCUCUCUCGCUGGAGGAUGCAGCCCAGGAGGAAGCCUGCCAGCCUGCCAGGAUGGAACGCCUUGAAGGCCCACACUUAACCCAAGAGCCAGGCAAGACUUGCUGUCCCUUGGUUCCCAAGGAGGAGCUGGUAUCUGCCUCCCAAUUGAAGGAAGAGGAAGAGAAUGAAGAUAGGGAGGAGGAUCUGGAUCCUGAUCUUGCUCCAGACCCGGAGGAAGAGAAUGGUCUUGGGGAUCCAGCUGUACUGAGUGCUGUCCGUAACACCCAAAGAGGUAUGCUUAGGUCCCAUGGAGUCAAAGACCCUGGUGUGCUGGGAAUGUCACCUGCCUCCUUUCUGUUGCAGACCCUGGACUACCUGUCAGCAGUCUCCUUCUGGCCUAUGUUUCCCAGCACCAGCUCUCCAGCAUGGAACCUUGGAACUCGACUACCCUCACCAGACCCAUCUUUCUUCUGUAGCCUGCCGGCCUCAUGGCCCCCUAGAUUCAGUCACCUGACUCAGCUCCAUCCUCAGCAUCAACGGAUCCUGCAACAAAAGCAGCGUGGUCGAACACCAAGUCCCUCAACCAAGAAGCCUUGGACUCAGCAGCCAGAUGCCUAUGCUAACCUCAUGACCCGCAAAGAGAAGGACUGGGUGAUAAAAGUGGAGAUGGUUCAGCUGCAGAGUGAGAACUCUAACAUGGAUGACUACUACUAUCAGAAGUAUUAUCAGAAGCUGGAUAAGAAGCAGAAAGAUGAACUACUUGGACAAAAGAACAAGGUUGAAUCCUCCCUCAAGUUGGUGACACCUUAUAUACAGAAGGCAGAGGCUUAUGAGUCAGUUGUUCGAAUUGAGGGUUCGCUGGGCCAGGUAGCUGUAUCAACAUGUUUUAGCCCUCGCCGAGCUAUUGAUGCUGUAUCCCAUGGAACUCAAGAGCAGGAUACAGGAACUGCAAGUAGCCAGAGGCUUCAGGUAUUAUAUAGGAUUGAGAAGAUGUUCCUUCAGUUACUAGAGAUAGAGGAGGGCCAGAAGGAUGGGCCACCACAGCCCUAUUUCUCCAAGCAGAACAACAAGAUUGAGCAGCUAUUCCAGGCCUUAAAGCCCCAGGAGCACAAUAACCUGGAGGGGGCAGCAGAUGACUUCCUGCAGGUGCUAUCUGUGAGGAAGGGGAAGGCCCUGGUGGCCCGGCUGCUCCCCUUCCUGCCCCAGGAUCAGGCUGUUAGCCUUCUUCUGGCUAUCACCCACCAUCUGCCCCUCCUCAUCCGAAGGGAUGUGGUUGACCAGGCCCUACAAAUGUUGUUCAAACCUCUGGGAAAAUGCAUCAGUCACUUGACCUUCCAUGAACUCCUCCAAGGACUCCAUAGUCUCCUGCUGCUGCCACCUGGCUCCUCUGAGCGGCCAGUCACUGCUGUGCUUCAAAAUCAGUUUGGAAUAUCUUUGCUCUAUGCCCUGCUGAGUCAUGGGGAACAGCUGGUAUCCCUGGAAUCUCCCCAAGAGGAACCAAAUCGUGACCAUUGGACAAAUAUGGUGGUUUUGAUUGCCCGGGAGAUAGCCCAAAUGCCGACAGCCUCUCUGGCAGAACCCCUUAACUUGCCCAGCAACCUACUUCCCCUGUUCUGUCACCAUGUGGACAAACACUUGGUUCAGCAGCUGGAGGCUAGGAUGGAGCUUGCCUGGAUCUACUGAUCAAUUUGUUCUGGAAUAUGUAUACGUGGGAAGUUUAAUCAUCAAUUAGCUGUAUGAGCUAUGUCUAUAGUGAUCCAGAAAGUCUGAAGAUACUUCUUAUGCCGUGAUAUACUGGGACCCUGCCCCAAACAUUUUCAU